AUGCGUUAUAAUAGAAUGAGGCUCGCUGUAGCCAUCUCCUUCCUUUUGGCUGCCCAGUCCGCACAGGCUGGCCCUAUGUGGACUGGCAGAGAAAAAAGAAACCCUGGCGUUUUCCUUGAUGUUAGAAUGGAAAACUCGCAAGCCCCUACUGCGGCUCACGACGGAUAUGGGUCGGACAGCGGCGAUCAAACUACGCCGCGACCCAUAUUCGAGACCCUUAACUCGACUCCCAAUCCUAACCCUCUACUUUCAAAUAGCCCGAGCGAUGACAAGAAGAACAGCCCCUACUCUGGCCUGCCUGAACCGGUCGAGGUCAUUCCUGUCCAGCCAACCAAUGAUGCUCCUCAGCCAACUAGUGCAGCUGAGCAACCUACUCAAGAAGAGCCUGUGAACAAGCCAACUUUCACCCAGAACCCUUCCGCGCCGAUUGUUACAACCUCUAUUGUUCCCAAGGAUCCUGCUACUGAAGUUCAAGCGCCAACUUCGGCGGCCGAUCAGCCUCAGUACCCACCUCCUGAGGAUAGUGCAGUACCUACUGAGUCUGGUCCGGCUACAAAGGAGAUUCCAAGCUCAGCGGGUGAGGCCCCGACCUACAAGCCAGUCAACGAGGCCACUACUGCUGCCCCCGAGGUUCCCACUACCGAGGUCGCUCAAAAGCCAGAGAACACUGAGACAAGGGUCCUCGAUUCGACUGUUGAUCUUGGUACACUACAGCCAUCAGAGGGAGAGAGUACCAAGCCAAGUGCUAUCCAAGAGACUGCAACCCCUGAAGCAACCUCUCCCGAAGCAACUGUUCCCGCAGACGAGCAGCCUCAGACUACACCCGUCGAGGAUGUGACAACCACAUUUGCGUAUCAACCAACUCCUAGCGAAUACAUCACAACGCAGGCCCCUGGCGAUACUGCAUUCCCGAUUAACCCUAAGCAUCCUUCCAACAUCUACCCCACCCCUCCUACCACACCAGUAGCAGAUGUUCCGGAGACUUCAGCUGCAGAGGCAAGUCCUACUGCUAUUACUGAGACCGUUUCUGUAGCUCAGCCCAAGGAACCGCAGCUUGAGACUACAUCCGACGCUCAACCCCAACCCGCACCAACUUCAGAGGUCGCUCAGCCUGAGAGUCAAAUUCCUGCUUCCGAACCUGUCCAACCUGGCAACCCUGCUCCUACAUCUGAGGACAAGCAGACAUACUCUCCUGUGCAGAAUCCUGGAAGCCAACAGCCUGAUGCUCCUGCAGAGACUUCUCCUAUUGCAACCUCAGCACCUAUCGAACCCCAGAAUCCUGACCCGACUCCAGAACCGGCUCAGCCCGAGACUCCCGCUACGUCUGCAAUCGAGCAACCUGAAGCCCCGGCAGAGACUUCAGUAGUCCAACAACCAUCUCCUGCUCCUUCAAAUGCUAUGCCUCAGUACCCAGGCCCUGAUUCCAACACACAGCCCGCAGCACCCGUCGGACCUUCAACUACCGCUGUAGUUUCGAACCCUUCUUCCCCUGAGACUUCGUCAGUAGAAAAGAUUGUUCCUACAGGCUCGCCAGCCAAUGGCGUGCCUACAAUCAAUACCGAAGUUCCUACAGGCACGAGUGCAAUUCCCGCUCCAGCUUACGCUAGCAACGUAGUUGAUGCUCGAAAGUACAACGAAGAUUUCGCGAAACUCACUCCUGAAACUGCGUGUACCCAGGGCCAAGCUGCUUGUAUCAACGGACAGAUGGCUCUAUGCGGUGACGAUGGCGCUUUCGAGCUUCUUUCUUGUGAAACCCAGGGAGAGAAGUGCUUUGCUCUCCCUUUGUACAACGUUGAGGGUGGUAUCAAGAUAAUCUGUGAGGAUCCUGCCACUGCGGCUAAGAUUCUUGGAGGAACCCCUGGAGGCGGUGAUGAGAACACUGCCCCUAGUAACGGAAACGAGGGCAGUCAACCAGUACCUACUUCUGCAGCUCAAGAACAACCUGAAGUUCCUGUUGUUACAAUUACCACUAUCGUUACUGUCGAUGAUGGUGCAGGCCCCGAACCUACUAGCAAGCCAGUUGAGGAGCAGCCUAGUCAACCUGCCCAGGAACAGCCAGCCCAGCCCACCGGGCCAUCCCAGCCUGUCGGCGAGCAGCCUUCUCAGCCUGACUAUCAGCAACCCAUACAGACCCAGCCUAUGCCUGAGAAGCCUACCCAGUCUGCUCCUGAACAACCAACUCAACCAGCCCCGGAGCAGCCAAGCCAACCUGUCACAGAACAGCCUGCACAGCCUAGUUCUCCGCAACCCUCUCAACCGGAACCGGAACGUCCUUCUCCACCAGCUCAGUCUCAGCCUGUUCGAGAAUCGCCAUCUCAGCCAAAUGAGGAGAAGCCUCCCCAGACCAACCCACAAGAGCCUUCCAACCCUCAACCCACCAAGGCUUAUGAGGACCUCCCACCCACAACUCCUCCUCCUGCUGAGCCAAGCGCCACCUCAGUCAAUCUCCCAGGCGGCACAACCUUGACCAAGUCCAUUAAGAAGCCUGACGAAGCCCAGCCCACUACCCCAUCAGGUGGCGAUGAUGGCGAUAAUGAUAACGAUGAUGACGGUGAUGACAAGCCUACAUCUGUAGAACUCAUUCCUAUUCCCGACAAGCCAACAAAGGCUCCUGCUCCCGCGGCCACUGAAGCCAACGCCGACAGCCAGGCUGACAAGAAGCCCGAUGCUGUUACUCGCACUGGCAAUGAUGCGCAUGCCACAACCAUCAUCGUGGACGGUACACCUACUGUAUCCGUCUACUUCACUGUGACAGUCACAGACAAGGACCAGGCUACUGUCACUGUCACUGAAAAGGAGAAGGAGACUGUUACACUCGUGAUUAGCGCCUAA